AUGGAUGACCCAUACAAUGAAUCAUUACUAUCUGAUGUACUGCCAUUUUUAGAUUCAUUUGAAGAUAAUCAACUAGACAAAAGGCACUUGGAGCCAGAAUGGGAUGACCUUGAGACCAAACGAUUCCAUUUUGAGGAUAAUACUACUACUACACCUGAUCCUAAACAUGUAGAAUUCAACGAGAUCACUCCCUCUAAACUUCUCUCACUAUCUGGGCCUGCUGGAAACCCUGAAUCAUCUCGCUCAAAUGAAGACGCGUUCGAUAGGCAGCAGGAUGGGCCCAUUGACAUCUUUAACCCUCAAUUUUGGGCUUCUGCGUUGAAUUCUAUAGAUUACAGUGAUAUCGAUAUUAGUAAAUACAGUGACUAUGACAAAUCAAAGUCUGUUGGCGCCUUUCUAACUGAGAAGUUCAACAUAGAAAAGAUAAUUCACAAUAAGAGUGAACAAGUGUUCAAGUUGGACUGUCUAAUCGUAAUGAUUGAUUCACUGAUAGUUGUUGAGCCAAAUAUUCUAAUAGUUUUAAGGGACGAAACUGGUAAAAUCACUGGAAUCAUGUACAAGGAGGAUAUCGAUAUUUACAGAAAUGAGCUGGUACCGGGAUGUGUAAUGAUACUGGUCGAGGUGACGGUCUACUCUCCGAUAGGCUGCGAUCCCUAUGUUAUAAUUUCAAAGGAUAGCUUAUCCAGAAUACUCCCCAGCUAUACGAUUCAAUACAAAGAUUUUGGGUGA